AUGGGUUCCCUUUUAUCCAAGCCCAAACAAGAACGGAAAAAGGAACGGAAGCACCGUAAACACCACUUACUCGGAAGGCGGAAGCAAAAAGAGGAGGAGCAUAUAUCCGAGAUAUCAGGACCUCAAGGAUGCUUGCAACUUGUCCCUGAACCUUCGCGAGACGAACGCGGUAUGCCGAUACGGGACAAAUCGUAUGAUCUUGACCGAAGAAAUUUAAACAAAGCCCUCGAAUACGCCGCAGACUUCCUCCAUCGGAAAAGACAGAAUUUGACAAUUGUGGCUGUCGGAGGUGCCGUUAAUACAAUCCUUUUGAAGACGAGAGAGGUCACCCAUGACGUUGACUUUUUCAACGGGAAUCUCAGCUAUCGGGUUUCUCAGGCAGAUCUCCUGCGGGACGCGGCGGCAGAGGCAGCGUCUCGAAGCUCAGUUCCACUGGGGAGAAAUUGGCUCAACAAUUCCACAGCUCUGUACAUGCCCAAAGAGCUACAGAUCGAAAUGACAGAGGCCGCCAUGGCGCAAGACAAAGUUAUAUUUCAGAAGCCUGGUUUGCGAGUGUUAGCUGCACCAUGGGAUUAUGCCAUAAGCACCAAGCUGGACAGAAUGGGAAAGGCACAUCGCCGUGACUAUGAUGUCAACGAUGCCGCGAUAUACUUACGGCAGUAUAUCCGCAACCACGGGAACAAACCCGUCCCCGUGGACGUUAUCCGAGGAUGGGCGCGUCAUUUCAAAUUUGGAUUCUCCGAACAAUUGGCCGCAGAAUUGAACGAGGAGUAUCGCCGCCUGUAUGGGGAGGACGGAAUUAUCUUCUAA